GUUUGGCUAAAAGGGUGAACGUCAUUGAGGCCAGAGGGCGAAACAGUUUUUGCUGAAGAAGAUAACACAGGAGACGGCAGUUUCCGAUCUUCUGGUUCAUCGUAAAUCUGAAAAUCUCUUUGUCUUUUAAUAUUGUCUCGCAGUUUCUCGAUUGAGUUUGAGUCUUUCUUCGAGAGAGAGAUUAAAAGGAAGCACCUUUUCUCUUCCUCUGCCAAAAAACUUUCUGGGUUCGCUCAUGACUUCAUGAAGAUUUCUUCUUGGUAAUUCUGGAAUUGUGAAAGCUACGUCACUGUGUAAUUUGAGUUGCAGAUCUUGAGUUUACCUUUGUGCAAGGCUAGGGUGAGUGUGUUGUAUAAUGGAGAAGGAGGUGAAGGGGCAAAGAGGGAGUGGAACCUCAGAGGCAGAUUUUGUGUUGCAGUGGGGGGAGAGAAAGAGGGUUAGAUGUAUGAAGGUGAAGAAAGACCAAAACUUUACAAAUGGCAAAUCAACUGAUUGCUUGACUAAGCGAAAACUCGGUUCCCGUCUUGUGUCUUCUGAGAGAGGAUCGCCCUCCCGUCCAAACAAGAUCAUGGAUUCCCCAAUCAAUGUCCGAAGAUCCAAUGUAGCAUCCCCUGAGAAAGAAGACAGGUAUUAUACAACAAGAGGUUCAAUGGGUUUGGAUGAGAAUGGGAAAAUUCCAAAGGAUACUGUGAAGGAAAACAAAAAGCUGGUAUGGCCAAAGCUGUUCAUAACAUUAUCAAACAAAGAGAAGGAAGAAGAUUUCAUGGCUAUGAAGGGGUGUAAGCUCCCUCAAAGACCUAAGAAAAGAGCCAAGUUGGUUCAGAGGACAUUGCUCCUGGUGAGUCCGGGAGCAUGGUUAUCCGAUUUGUGCAAAGAGAGAUAUGAAGUAAGAGAGAAGAAAACUUCAAAGAAGAGACCAAGAGGGUUGAAGGCAAUGGGGAGCAUGGAGAGUGAUUCUGACUGAAAGAAAGCGAGGGAGAAAAAUAUACGACACAAGAGAGUUGGAGUAAAAGUUCGACUUUUCGAGGAUGGGAUUAGAAACGCUAUCGAAAUUCUUCAGACCGGAGAAAAGAUUGAAAAGGGAACAGGAUCAUCUGUAAUAUUUUUCGUUUGUGGGGUUUUUCAGGUGCCUCUUCUUUCGUUUUGUUGUUUCAUCACAGAUCAACAAUUGAGGCACUGAUAUUUUGCUGCGACUUUUUACUCAUGUUGUCCAUGUAAUGUUUGUGAAACUCAUCUUAAUCUUUCUCAUUGUACUCUCGAACCGUUUCAGUGAUUCUACUUCUGAGAGAA